AUGCCCUUCACGGGUCCAGUCAACUACUCACUGUACCUCGUUACAGGGCGUGAACUCCUUCCACCGGGUGCAGACUACUACCAAAUACUUGAGGAGGCUCUGAAAGGUGGAGUUACGCUCGUCCAGGUACGAGAGAAGGAUGCAAGCACCAGAGAGUUUCUCGAAAUUGCCCAGCGGACCAAAGAAAUAUGUCACGAAUACAACGUCCCCGUUUUGAUUAAUGACAGAAUUGACAUUGCGCUAGCCAUGGGCGCGGAUGGGGUGCACAUAGGGCAAUCUGACAUGCCCGCCAAUAUCGCCCGCUGGCUCCUUCCCGCUAACUUAAUCUUAGGUAUCUCCGCGAACACGCCUGGUGAAGCGGCGGCCGCAGUAGCGGAUGGUGCAGAUUAUAUUGGUAUUGGGCCAAUCUGGAGCACAACUACGAAAAAGGACAUAAAGAACGUUCUUGGUGUACGUGGAGUUGGCGCAAUCCUAGAUGCACUGGAUGGAUCUAAGGUGAAAGCGGUUGGCAUCGCUGGAAUUAACGAAAAGAAUGUCCUUCGAACGCUUCAUGGUACUGUCUCGAAAAACGGACGGGCUUUGGAUGGCGUUGCAGUUGUCAGUGCCCUCAUGGCAUCCAAGAAGCCGCACGACUCUGCAAAAGGAUUGUCAGAUAUCGUUCGCGCAUUCCUUUCUUCGCCAACACAAAUUUCCAGAUUCGAAGCACCCUCUAAAGCCGAAAUCAUUGUGAAGGCAGUCGCGGAUCUCUUGUCCAAUAUCCGUGAGACUGGACCAGUAAUACAUCAGAUCACGAACAAUGUCGUGAUCAAUCAAUCCGCCAAUGUUACCUUAGCGCUCGGUGCAAGUCCGAUCAUGGCUACUGCACCACAAGAGAUGGAGGACCUCAGUAAAGUGAGCAGGGCCUUGCUUGUUAACUUUGGUACGAUCAGCAGCAAGGAAGGUAUGCUCGAAGCGGGCAAAUGGGUUAAUGCCAGGAAAAAUCCGAUUGUAUUCGAUCCGGUGGCUGUUGGCGCGACAAAGUACCGCUUCGAGACGGCACAGGAGCUCCUUAACACAUGGCAGGCAUCUGUUAUUAAGGGUAAUCCAGCUGAGAUCGGCGCACUUGCACAGUCAGACGAGGUCAAAUCGAGAGGAGUGGAUAGCGUUGGAAGUGGCUUCGAGAAUCCAGUACCAAUGCUCUGCGAGCUCGCGCGAAAAGAACGUUGCGUUAUAGCCAUGACCGGAAAGGCCGACUGGGUAUCGGACGGAAAUAUCACAAUUAGCUCGUCGAACGGACACGAGCUUCUUGCGAACAUCACGGGCUCGGGUUGCAUUGUCGGCACGAGCGUUGCCACGUUCUGCGCUGCUGCAAAUAAUUCAAGCAAAUCCGAUUCCAAUGAUGCGGAUCAUAAUAAUAUUCAUCGACUUGUGCGUGGUGAUAUGCUUCUUGGUGCUGUCGGAGGUAUCCUUGCAAUCACGGUCGCCUCCGAGCUCGCCGCUGCUAGAAACGACGUCCAUGGAACUGGAACGUUCUUGCCAGCGCUCAUAGAUGAAUUGUAUCAUUUGACACCAGAAAAGUUACUGGAAAGAGCCCGCGUGGAGGUACAUUCGUAG